AAAUAAUUCGCGAGCGAAUGCACGAAAAAGAGGAAGCGGUAGCGAGGUUAUCGUUGGAGAAGGAGCAUGUGCAGGAGAAGCUAAGUGAACUGCAGCAGACCCUGAUGAAUGUGUUGACGAAAAAGGGCAUUCUGCAAAGUUACGAUCGAGAAAGGGUGAGGAGAAAGAAGAGGGAUGUGAACGGGGCGAUCGUGAGACGUGCCAAUAAACUGCGGUCAUUCAGUUGCAAAAUUUGGCGAAUGGGCGUAGUGGUCUCGUGGUGUAGUGGUUACGGCGUCUGUCUAGCGCACAGGAGUCACAGCACCGUGGAUGAAUUCUCUGGCGAUGAGGAGACAGUGGUCGAUGGAAGGGCGCAGGUGAUUCCGGAAACUCCGGAAGGAGCAUUGGGCGUAGAUGUGACGACGACGGUCACAGCGACGGUUUCCGAAUCGAAUUCUGACGGAACGAUUCAGGACAAGCCAGCAGAGUCGUGCAGUGGUGCGGAUUUGCAGAAUAUUGGGCAGCAGGGGGCG